GGGCGGGGGCGCGCUUUACCGCAGUAUCGCUCGAUUUGUGCAGCGCUCGUCAAAACUCUGCGGCAUGAAGACGAGAGCUGGGGGGAGGGCACUCACUCGGACCGGGCAACCUCUCACUCUGAGUGUCCCCUGCUCCAUCCUUGCACAGGCUUCGCUUUGAUUUCCCACCGAUUCGCACUCCCUCCUCAUUGGCGCAUUGGAUUCCUGUGGCAUUCGGACGCAUUGAUCGCAGGUUUGCUUUGCUGUCGUUGUUUUUAGGGAGUCUGAUCUUUCUUGUGUAGCGCAAUGGCAAAGGAUGGAGAAAAAGGCGAGUGGAAGGAGUACAUCUGGAACCCGAGGACGAGGGAGUUUCUGGGCAGGACAGCCAGCAGCUGGGGUCUCGUCCUCCUCUUCUAUUUGGUUUUCUACAUCUUCCUGGCCGGCCUGUUUGCGCUCACCAUGUACGUCUUGCUGCAGACUUUGGACGACCACAAGCCGACCUGGCAAGACCGGCUCACCACGCCAGGCAUGGUGAUUAGACCCAAAUCCGACGAGACUUUUGAGAUUAUCUAUAACAUCCAGAAAACCGAGAGCUGGGACCUGUACGCUCAGGCCCUGGACAAGUUCCUGGAACCUUACAACAGCACCGUCCAGGCCCAGAAAAACGACGAAUGCACACCGGACCAGUACUUCCUGCAGGAGGACAGCGGCGACGUGAAGAACAACCCCAAGCGCUCCUGCCAGUUCAGUCGGCACCUUCUGCAGGACUGCUCGGGACUCGCUGACCGUUACUAUGGAUACCAGGAGGGCAAGCCGUGCAUCAUUAUCAAGAUGAAUCGGGUGAUCGGGUUGCUGCCAGGAAAGGACGGACAGGCUCCGUUCAUCACCUGUGGCGCCAAGAGGUACAAAGUUGGCAAAAAUGAAUGGAGAGAAGACACUGACAAAAUUGGAGAGUUGAAGUACUUUCCUUCCAAUGGCACGUUCAACCUUAUGUACUACCCGUACUACGGCAAGAAAGCUCAGGUGAACUACUCCCAGCCUUUGGUUGCCGUCAAGUUCCUCAACAUCACGGUCAACGAAGACGUCAACAUCGAGUGCAAGAUCAACUCCAACAACAUUCCCGGCGGGAGCGAAAGAGACAAGUUUGCCGGUCGAGUGUCUUUCAAGCUGAGGAUCAACACCGUCAACUAGGUUUCCGAGCCUUUUUCCUCCUCUGAAAUGUCAAAUCUCCACGCGCUGCGACAUUGCACGUGCACUGCACCGAAAACAAUUGCAGCAUUGCCACCCAUUGCGGGUUUUAUUGACAACCCCCCUCUAAACCAAAACCAAAACAAAAACACAAAAAGAAGGGGUGGACAUUGUUUGUCCAGGCGUGUGAUGACAAUGUGCGAGAAUAAAGGGUGGUAAUCCUGUAAUUAUUUCUGUCUGUGAGCUUGGGGACAAAUUUCUUCUGUAAAUUCUAUUUAUACUGCAUGACAAACGAAAAGGGGAUGUGAAGGCUGCACCGAACUCGUGUUUUGAAACGUUCGCGAGGAACCGCUAGGAUGCGUGUAAGGCGGCUCCUGUCUUGCUGCCUCCGCGUCCAGCGUUCCUCCGUACGUCGGACACACCAGUACAAAAUGUGCAAUUUCUAGAAUAACGUCAACUCCGAGCCGGACUAGGGAUGGGCGUACGUCGACAUUUCCUUGAUUGAAAAUAGCCCUCGAUGAAUUGAAUCUGUUAUUGCCGACACCUUAUUCUUCUUCUUUUGGAACGAAAAGCAUCUGUGCACUCCCAAAAUCGGCCUCAAGUUGUCGCUCAGGCCGCCGACUUCCAAAGAGCGACUCAACAGCACCUCUGCUGGUUGCAGCCGAGUAGUGCGGUCUAUUUUGCGGCCAAUAGCUUCCGCGUGUGUAUCCAGCGAUCGCUAUGCCCAUCCCUAAGCCAAACUUGUUGCAAUUGAAAGAAGAACGCGACCACAUGUAUAUCUUGAUGGACGGACGCUGAGAUGAAGCCAUGUUGCAUGCGUGUAUUGUCUUUAGUCUACUAUGAGGGUCGGAGAGCCCAAAAUGUCGCCACUAUUUGCUAAGGUUCUGUGAUGAGACCGCCGACCGAAUGAAAAGGUAAACACAGACAUUGGCAUCCGGAGCAGCUGACGACGGAGCGUUUCAAACCUUUAAGUGUGUGUUUGUGGCGUGAAUGCUGCUUGCGUGUGCGUUGACUUCGUUCAUAACAUGGGUCGGGAAAUUGCAUGCGUGGUGCGAUAGUCAUGAAAUCCAUACUUUUACGAGCAAUCGUUUGGAGCGGACGAGUAGUUCCGCGUGGCAGUCGGAUGUAUCGCGAGCGUCCCUCGGCUUAGCGCAUCUUGCGAGGUCUUCCUUCCACGAUUUCGCUUUCAUGGGUCGAUAUCAAGAACGCAAGCCUCACGCCGUCUCCACUCCGCCGAACUUGUGUUAGCUUUAGUGCGUGGGAAUCCUUGAAAUUGGGUCAAGUGCUGAUAUUUUGUCCCGCUGGAGUUGAGAAUGAGUUCAAACGAUCAAGUGAAGAGAAAAGGCCGCCGCGGCCCACGCCCCGUCACGUUUAUUGACAUCGCUGUUUAUAGAAAUAUCCACAUUGAUAUUCAGAGGUUUUUCUUUCUCCCCCCCCCCCCCGAUUUGUCAGAGCGCUGAAAUCGAUGAUGCGCAUUUUGUAUUUAUUUGCAUUGCUCUGCUUUUUGGUGGCACUGACUGGAAUUCAUGUGUACAGUUUUGAAGGAGGAGGUUAGAAUAGCGACAGUUUGUGUUUGUUCCCUUUGUCGUCGGAAAUCAUCCCGGUUUGCGUCUUCUUUUGACAAUUUCUCGUGUCUCGAAUAUGUGACUUGUUAGAGUUCUGUUGGAAAGGCUUCAAAUAAACAAAAUGGCCACACACUACGACGUAGAGGGCGGCCCUUUUUUUUGUUUUUUGUUUUGGUCAGGCCAAAUUUAAAUUGGGGGGUUUCGUUUUCUGCUUUCGUCAUUGCACUAAGUUGAAGACACAACAUUUCAGAAUUGUUUGGUGCGAAAAAAAAAAAAAAUCUGAAAUCAUCUCAGUCUUUUAUCGUCACGGCAAAUAUGAUCCGGCCAUUUUAAUGCGGCAAACGCAACGAAAGCCUUUUAUUUCACAUUAGAUUGAAUGUGAAGGCUUUUCUUUUCUCUUUUUCCCCGCGUCCUUCUUUUUCCAGUCCAGUCGCACGCACGCGUCUCUGCCGUGGCCGCGACACUUAAUUUCACUCUAAUCUCUUAAUCUGGCGGCCUAAUCCAGAGCCUGCAUGCUGAACUUCUUUGCCCUACUUUGUUGCGCCUCCUCCUUGUCAUCGCCUCCAAAAUCGACAAGGAUCAUUCAGUAACGUCCUCAAUUUAUGCCUGCGUUCGGCCCUGAAUAUUACUCCAUAAUCCACCUAACAGCCUUUAAAUGACACAACACAAACUAAAACGUUGUUUCUUCAGCAUGUGAACGUGAGUUCUUCGACCAAAGAUUCUCAUUCCACGUUCGGCUUUUAUUUUAGCAACACGGUGUCGGGGAGCAAAGAUCAGAGCAAAUAUGCGCUGCAGAGAUCCUGCAGGAUUCAUGAGAGUGUGUUCCAAAAAGACCUCCUCUCACAUAAUAGUCAUACGCACAAAAUGUGUUCUCAAAGACAUAACAGUGCCUCCUGGUGGACAGAACAUGUUGCUGCCAGCGUCCAGUUUAUUGUCCAUCUCCAAUUUGGAGAUGUCCUCAGAAAGCAAUAUAUUUCUUUCUCUCUCGGCCACCCGAUGGAUUCGCGGAGAACGGAUGUAACGAAAAAGCAAAAGCGUCGAAAGGCAGCAAGCGAGAAAAUAUAUCCCAAAGUAUUGUUUGUGACACACUCUUUUUAUUUUUUUAUUUAUUUAUUGCGGUUUUGUUGUCAAUUUUGGAGAAUGUAUCGGCUGCGAUUGCAACAGGAAUUCAUCAAAUGGUAAAAACUAUUUGCCUGGCAAGGCUCUCGUUUGUUUUUGUAUUUGUGUGUGUGUGUGUGCGUGUGCGUGUGCGCGCGUGUGUGUAUGAUAUUUCCGCCCUUGUCCCACCCAUCGAAUAAGGGUUUCAGGUUUGCAAUGAAUGAAAAGGAACGUUGUGGGUAAACCUUUCACCGAAAGACACAACGCGUUCCAGCCCAAACUAUCGAUAGACGUAUACUAAAGAUGUAUUUGUAUUUUUAUUUUUUUUUAUUUCCCUUCCUUCUCCAACCCUCAUAUGAAAUCAUAUCCAGGAAUGUGGUGCAAAGAGAAGAAUCCGCUCAGUAUUGUUGCCCAAAUGGAUGAUAAUUCUAUUCUGCAUUUUGAGUCGUUGUUUUAUUUUCUUGCUCUGACUGUAUGUAUAUUUUUGCUCAUGUUUACUGCAAAACAAGAUAGAGAAUGAAUAAAUGUCAUUUAAAGGGAACCAAA